AUGAAUUUUCCGUGGAUUUUGGUGUUUUUAACAUUCCUCAAAGGAACUUUUGCUUUAGAACUUGACUGGAAUCUACCAACUGACGAGAUCCUGAAGCAAUAUGAAACAGUAAAAGAUCAAACCGAAACCACUGGCGAAACAUUCCGCAAGGAAAUUUUAACGAAAAAUAUCGAAAAUGUCAAGGCACAUAAUGCUCGUUACGCAUCCGGACAAGAAACGUACCUUUUAGGUUUAAAUCAAUUCUCGGAUUGGACCGAAAUUGAACGAAAAUCUGUCUUGGGUUUCAAACCUCCAAACGCCCAAAGUGACGAAGAAGUCCUUCCAGCAGUUCGUGGUCCUGUCGAGGACUUUUUCGGGAUGAUUAUGAAAUUUUUUCAAUAUUUCACGCAGCGAUUUGGAAUUUGUCAAUUGAAUUUUUUUACAACUUCGUCAGAUGUCGCUGUGGAUCAUCGCAAAAAACCCUGCAGUGGCAUAGUUUUGAAUCAGGGCAAAUGUGGAAGUUGUUAUGCUUUUGCCACGACGCAAGUUUUGGACUAUAACACGUGUACCAAAUGUGGCGGAAAAGAGUCUCGUUACUCGUCGGAGCAAAAUAUCGUCGAUUGCAGUGAAAGUUAUGGCAAUAGCGGAUGCGAUGGAGGUUUGAUGGUCAAUUCCAUGCAAUUUAUCAUCGAUAAAAAAGGAAUUGAUACAAACUUAUCGUAUCCGUACGUCGCCAAAAAAGAAGAAUGUCAAGCGACAAAAGAUGAAGCUUCAAAAGACGAAAGUUCUGGUUACAAAGCGACUGGAUUUGUGAAUUUACCACAAGAUGAAGAUUCGAUCCUUGAAGCUGUCAAAGAAAGAAUUGUCUAUUGCGCUAUUAAAGUAACCGAUAAUGUUUACUCCUACGCUAAAGGAGUCUUUUCCGAUACAAUGUCCUGUCCAACCCCUUCUAUGAGACUCAACCAUGCCAUAGUGAUCGUUGGUUACGGCAAAGAUGAAGAAACGAAAAAGCCCUAUUGGAUCAUCAAAAACAGCUGGAGCGAAAAAUGGGGUGAAGAAGGAUAUUUUAGACUCGAACGAGGUUGUUGCUGCCUCGGAAUUUGCCUAAUGUGUGGAUACCCGGAGUUCGAAUGUGAUGGCGAAGGAAAAAUUGAUCCACGAAACAACGAGAGAGAGAACAGUUUAUGAUUAUUUAAACGAUUUGCGAUCCUUUUUAAUUUUUAAUGUCAACGCAUAAAGCCUUUUAUCCUCUUUUGCACAAACAGAAACACACAUGACGAACGAAAACUCGUUGUUGCAUAAUUUAAGCGCACUUACGUAAUAAUCUGACACUGGUGUAACAUAAUAAUGAACAUCACACGUACAUAUAAAAUGUUUUAGUGUUUA